ACCAUAUGUACGUUCUUUGCAGUCCUGGAAAAAGCAAUGAAAGUUGAAGAGAUUAAAAUUAAACUAAUUGAUAGGAUCAAAAGAGAAUUGGAGGCACCAAUAUCAAUUCCACUGGAUUCAAUCGCAUCCGCAAUGCUGAUGGUAAACGUGUCACCUCCGGAAGGAGAGUGUGACCUUACUUUAAAGAAUCCUACGUGCAUAAAUGAAGCAACUGUACCUGGUAUGGGAAUUUUAUUUAAUUACCAUCAAAAAACCGUGAAUUUCACCUCCAAAGGCCUUCUGGUUGCCUACUGUGCCGAGAUCAAUUCUAGAGAUAAGACAAUCCCUGUGGCUGGUGGCCCUUCUCCUCCGAUCCCUGAAGAUGUUGAUGUUUCUCUGGUACUCUCUUCCAGCAUAGUCAAGGCACUAGUUACUGAUGUUGGAAAGGAAAGCUCUGUAAAGUCAAAAGAAGGGGAAAUUAAACUGAAGAUGAUAAGCUAUAAACUGGACAACGAAAGGGCCCAAUUAAAUAUCCACUCUGAUGUGAAGGAGAAUGGUGUCAAGACUGCUACAAUAACUUCGCUUGUUGACCUCUCCCAUGGCUCUGUGAUUAGUAAUGGCUACUUGCUUGGUAACGUCAGCCUUUUAAGCGCUGAACACAAGAUAGAACCUCCUGAUAACGAAGUUGCCAAAGAAAUGGGAAAACGGAUGGUUUCAAGGCUGGUGAGCAAAGCAAAUGAGCAUUUAAGACGCAUGAACGUGCCAUUCGGUCCAGAAAUUAAACUUUUAAACAAAGCCCCUGUUCAAGUUGAUUCUCAGGGUCACCUGGUAGCAAGUAAAUAAACCAACUCACCUGAAGCCAGGAUGAGUUUUUCCAGUCUUCACCAGAAGAGUGCUGCAAGACCAACAAGUCCUGACAUACCUGUUUUCUCUGACGUUCUGAGCCAAGAACAUUCACAUGAUUGCAGGAGUUUUUGAGUAUCAAAGCAUAACUACCUACUGGUACUUGAUUCUAACUCAUCGUUUUUAAACAAAUGGGUGAAAAGCUAUAAGUAUGCUUGGCAACGUGUACUUUUUUGCAUUUCCAUCAGUGUUUACUCAAUAAAUGACCCCAUUUCUUCGCAAAAAAAAAAGUGACUCAUUUCCUUAAUUUUCUAAAAAUAGGGGGAUUUUAUCUGUGGCUAAUUAUUAGUAAAAGUAUCAGUCGUUUGGGACAUGGGUAAUCAGCCAUACUGAUUUAAUGUACAUCACAGACUAGGAAAUGGAGCAGGCCAAACGGCUUUCUUACCACACUUACUUCCUUAAUUACUGCACAAAAACAGGAAAUGGGAAGUUUGAUAAGAUCACUCACAUGCAAGAGAUGUAGAAGCGUUUCUGGACAGCAAGCUCAUUACAAGUCAGUAGCGUGGCAGAGUAACCAAACACAGCACUAAUGAAGUCCGGGCCUUCACUGACGGAAGUUUAAUUUUCAGAAUGAAUGAGAAGAUAGUCCUAUUGGGUUCUGCCCCCAUCAAACCACAUUUGAAUAAAAACAUUUAAUUCUCCACAUCAUGUUUUAGGAGGCAUAUUGAUAAAGUGGUGGGUGAUCAGGAGGGAAGGGGAUUUGAAAGAAUGUCAUAUGGAUCACUUGGAGAAACGAGGGAAGUUUAACCUGAAAAGAAGAUUUAGUGGGGAUGUAUAAGAUUGCUGCCUUCAAUUACUUAAAGGAUUACCAUGUAGGAAAGGGAUUAGAUUGGUUCUUGGUCUCAGAGGGUAGAACUAGGUCUAAUGGGGGUAGGGGUGAAAACUACAGUGAAACACAUUUUACUUCAAAAUAAGUUCCUCCCAUUAGUUCUAAUUGUUCUUUACAUCAUGACUAAUGGGAAAAUACGCUUAAUAUUAAUGUAUAA